CCUGGCACUCUCCACAAUGAAUGGGAUCACGUCCUCCGGUUGCCUUAUAAUCCACGGCCCUUUCUUCAGCAUUGAACACGGCACAUAUCUCGACACUUCUCCGCUUACUCUUUCUCUGAACUCGACCUAGAACUACUUUGCUACUUCCAACUAUGUCCGAAAACAUCCACGGCGACUCAGCCGUCAAGUCGAAGCAGGAUCUGCCACCCGCUCGCGACCGCAAAGGCAUACGUCCUGUUUCACCGCCGCUCUCGAAUACAUCAAUGAAGCGCUUCAAUCACUACAUGGCGUUGUUCGUCACGCUCAUACUUGCGUUCUACGCGUGGAGGUUGAUGGUGUGGAAGGCAGAAGUCGGGUCGUGGUGGAACCUGAUGCUGGGCAAGCAGCCUCCGGCGAUGCGCAGCGGAGGCGUAGGGAGUGGAAGCAGCGUCACCAUGGCGGACGUGACACCAACUAGUAGUCGGACGGACAUGACAGUCGACGACAGGAUCAACGAGCUCGCGUCGGCAUUGGGCGUGCCCUCGAAGGACCUCGCGUCCGCCAUCGCCGUAGCUGUGCACGAUUACGUGCCUCCAGCCACGAUUUCCUCGAUAGCCGCACACCAGACUGGGUGAGUUUCAUGCUUGGUGAUAU